CCGCAGUUCUCCACGGCGGUGCUGCUCGGCCUCUACCUCUUCGAGCGCUUCCCCGGGGUCAUGGUGGGCGUGGGGCUCUUCACCAACCUGGUGUACUUCGGCCUGCUGCAGAGCUUCCCCUUCAUCGUGCUCACCUCCUCCAACUUCCUCCUGUCCUGCGCGCUGGUGAUCCUGAACCACUACCUGGCGUUCCAGUUCUUCGCCGAGGAGUACUACCUGUUCUCUGAGGUGCUGGCUUACUUCACCUUCUGCCUCUGGCUCAUCCCAUUCACAACAUUCCCCCUCGUUCCCACGCCGCCCAUUCACAAUAUCCCGCCCUUCCCUGUCCCCGCAGACGACGUGGUGUCCAACUACUUCACGCAGGGGAAGCGCGCUCAGCGCUCGGGGCUGCUGCUCGUCUUCUCCCUGCUCCGUGACGCCGUGCUGCCGCGCCGACAGAAGAUCUACUGACCCCCCCCCGCACCCCCAGGGUAUCCCACACCCCCCUACACACACACAUAUGGGGGGGGGGGAGGGACUCUGCCCCACGGAGACGGAUGCGUGGGCCCCCCCUCCGGCCCCUGGAUGGACUGUGAUUGUUGGGGGGGGGGCGGGGGGGGGAUGAGGAAGGUCGCCCCACGCCGGGACCUGCGCCGCGUCGGGUGAGGUUUGCGCUGAGCCGUUGGUUAAUAAAAAUUAAUUGUAAUUAUUAAGGAAA